CUGUAUUGAGGGGAUCAAAUCUUGUUAGUUAAAUGCUUGUCGCUUAUGGUGGGGGAAACUCACUCAGCCAAAGAGAGCGCAAUGAGAUUCGCUCUGAAGUUGAUGCAGAGUUCGAGGCUGGGGAGAAGAUGUUUUUGGGAAAGAAUAAGAAGGGUAAGAAGUUGCGAAAUGAUCAAUUAGAAACCCAAAACCCGCCACUUUUUGGAGAUGGGGUAACUGGGAAGCUACCCCGAUUUGCUAAUAAGAUGACGACAAAGAAUAUUUCUCCUGGGAUGAAGCUUUGGGGAGUAGUUGCUGAAGUAAAUGAGAAGGACCUAGUGAUUAGUCUGCCUGGGGGGCUGCGUGGAUUAGUUCGUAACAAUGAUGCACUUGAUUCUAUUUUGGAUGACGAAUUUGAGGAAAGUGAAGGUUGCCUUCCCAGCAUAUUUCAUGUGGGGCAGCUGGUUUCCUUCAUUGUAUUGCAGUUGGAUGAUGAUAAAAAGGGGAAAAGAAAGAUCUGGCUUUCUCUGUGCCUUUCAUUAUUGCACAAAGGGUUUUCACUAGAUGCAGUUCAGGAAGGGAUGGUGGAUGAGGAAAGAUCUCGAGUCUCACUUGGCAUGAAAAACUUGGAUACUCAAGGUGACCUUGACAGAAAUGAAGAUGGACCUAUUGCAGGUGGAGGGGAAGACAGUGAUUCAGCUGAUGGCAGUGACUCCAAUAUGAUAAUUUUUCCUGGGAGUAAUGUUGCUGAGAAACAAGAUGCAGAGUCGGAAGAUGAAGGUGAAGAACAAGCAAUUCUUGCAGCAGCAGAAUCAAUGGCUUCCAUUGGAAGUGAACCUUGAUGACAUGGAUGAAGAUAAUGCAAACGAUCAGAUUAGUCAUCACCAGGAGCACAAUGAUGAGCCAGAGUGCCAGACACUAUAUACAAAAAUAAAAAGAAAAAGGAGAAAAGUAAAACGAGGGAAGAGAGGUCAGUUAUUGAUUGUGUUUUCUGAUUUCCCUCAAACUGACCUAGUUACGCUGUCUUUCGGCGAGUGAAAAACCGGACCGUGUUUUUUUUAUUUAUUAUAAAUUUCUUCAGGGAGAAAGAGAUUAGAGCUGCUGAAGAAUGACUGCUGGAGAAGGACAUACCAAGAACUGCUGAUGAGUUUGAGAAGCUCCUUCGAAGCUCUCCUAAUAGCAGUUUCAUUUGGAUAAAGUACAUGGCACUGUUGAUGUAGAGAAAGCUCGUGCAGUUGCGGAAAGGUAAAAUCUUGUUCAAAAUUGGUUCUUUUCAUUCAUACGGGAAAGGCAAAGAGAAUAAUACUUUCAGUAAUUCUAUAUAUCAGUUCAAAAGAGAAUCAACGCUAUAUAAAAGAUAAGCAUGCAGUUUAUUUUCACCAAUCUCUGAUUCUAUUUGUUCGUGAAGUAAAUUUCUGACUGCAGCCUGUCUAUCUUCUUUAUUGCAGAGCUCUGAGAACAAUAAGUUUCCGGGAAGAGACUGAGAAGCUGAAUAUCUGGGUAGCCUACUUCAAUUUGGAAAACCAGUAUGGAAUUCCCCCAGUGGUAAUAUAUGAACCAGUUUCCCCGUUUUUUAUUUAUUGUUCUGUACUUUGUAAGAUUGAUAGUUGGGAAGCUUAAAAGUUUCAAAAUAACUGUCUCAGGAGGCUGUGAAGAAAUUGUUUCACCGAGCCCUGUAAGUUUGUGAUUCCAAGAAGGUCCAUCUGGCAUUAUUGGGUAUGUAUGAAAGGACCGAGCAGAAUGAGCUGGCUGAUGAGAUUCUUGACAAAAUGCUCAAGAAGUUUAAGCAAUCGUGCAAGGUUGGUAUCCUUGUUCAUUGUUAUUGCAUUAAUUCAUGUCUUCAAUAACACCUUACUUUUUUGUGUAAUCUGCAGGUUUGGUUGAUUAGAAUGCGGAGGGUCAUGAGCCAAGAAGAAGAAAAGGUUCAGUCAGUAGUGCAAAGAGCUAUACUGAACCUUCCCCGGCAUAAGCACAUAAAGUUUAUCCGGCAAGCAGCUCUCCUCGAGUUCAAAAAUGGGCUUCCGGCCGUAAUAUGUUUGAAGGAGUUUUGAGGGAAGAGAACUGACUUGUGGAGCAUUUAUAUUGACAAAGUAAGAUUCUUCAUGAUGUGUUCCUAAUAACAAUCGUCUUGUAUGGAUAUUCUUUAGUACCAUGAAUCAUUUUCCAUUCCAUUGCAGGAAAUCAAACUCGGAGAUGCAGAUGUUAUUCGCUCAUUGUUUGAGAGAGCAAUUACACUAAGCCUUGCGCCUAAAAAGAUGACAGUAAGCCAUCAUCUCGUUGAAUCUGACAAAUCACUCUUUUGCGGCCUUAACUAUUGAUCCUUAUGUCAGUACAUUACCUCAAUUUGCAGUUCUUGUUCAAGAAGUAUCUCGAGUAUGAGAAGUCUGUGGGGGAUGAAGAGAAAAUCGAGGCUGUGAAACAGAAAGCACUGGACUAUGCACGAACGGAACUAGUAUGGUAACCACGUUGGUGGGAUUUAUGAAUUCACUGUUUCGCUCUGCAACAGCAUUCCAGCAGCAGGACGGGACAUGGACAGCUAAGGAGAACCAUAAGGUGUAUUUCGAGGCGAAAAUUCCGCUUUUUGUGAAGAUGCCGUAUCCCAAGACAAAUUACUCUGCCCUGAGCAAAGAGCUGGACCAUGGAGGAUUUUCUGGUGGGAUUUUUGCUAGUUUUGGCUCACAUGUAGAAUUUUGUCACGUGCAUUUAUUUAAUAAAAAUAAUUAUUUAAU